GUAUUCAAUCAAUUCGAAUGCUUACGUAAUUAUAAGAGUUCCUCUUGCAAGAGGAUCGCCAAAGAAAAAAAGCCUCACCAAAUUGGUCAACAGACAUUAUGACAAAAGUUGUUAAAAUCCUGUCCAUCCUUUCAAACUUUUCAAUUCAAAAAAACUUUUCAAAUUUUUAAGCGCUUCUAUAGUCGUACUUGCCUGCUCGAACCCUUUCCCAAAUGAUUACAUUAUGAUAACAAAUGCCUUAAUACAGAUUUGGCAACGGCAGUGGCGAUAGGUUUGACGGUUAGUUUACCAUAAACUUUUGCCUGUCGAGAUGCUGGGUAACUAUUUAGAAGAAAGCUUGUUCUAGAAAACAUGUGUAUUGGCAACUCUAAUACUGUGGAAACAAUUUUGGGCAAUAUUCUGAGAAAACCUCACAACUGGUUUGUGAGGAAAAAUUGAUGAGGUUUGUUGUGAGGUUAUUCUUAUUCAAACCUCACAAAACAAAAACACAAAAUUCACCACUUUAGGUGAAAAGAAUUUCAGUGUCUAACAGUUUUUUUUUUUUUAAAUAAACAAAGCUGAAUAAAGAAAUGGGCAACAAGGAAAAGAAUUUAAAAUUUAAAAGAACAACUCAGGAGCAGCUGCAGCAUUAUAUAAUGUUCUGCAAGCAGCAUCCUGAGUUGCAACGAAAGAAGCUGACCAGCCCUCAAAAGCUGCAAAUGUUGUGGUCGGAGUUAGCAGAAAUAUUAAAUGCCUUAAAAGGGCCAACACGCACAGCAAUCAAAUGGAAGGAGUCGUUAACGCAUUGGAAGCAUCAGUUGCGUAGCCGAGCGCGAAAAGAUAAAGCCCGCCCGCAAAUUACUAGUGGAGAUCCUCCGGCAGUUGAGGUGCAGGAAAUUUCAACCUUUGGGACAGCAACGGUUGAUGGAGUGCCGGAUAUUGGGAGUUCGGAUCACCAGAUAUCGUCGCCAUUGUAUACAACAACGGACCCCGUUCCUGCUCCAACUCCAUCGCCAGAUCCUGCUCCAGCUUUUCCUGCUAUAUAUAUCCGCACUUUACCUUCGUCACCUUCACCUCCCACUUCACCACCUCUUAUCGUAUAUUCUCCUGAUGUAUCCCAUUCUAGGUUAUCUCCUCCCAUCCUAACUUCUCCUACACCAUCAACUUCUGCUUCAAUCGUUUCUGAAGCCCCUAAACCAACAGCAGUGAAAAUGCUUGGAACAGUACUAAAAAAAAUGAAGGCGCACGAGAGACGGGAAGAGCGGGUCAUUUCCCAACAACAAAAAGUUUUAGAGCAAAACGAACAGUUGAUGGGUGUUUUGAUGCAGAUGGCACGGGAGAGACGAGAGGAGCUGCAAAAAACCUCGGAGCAAAACCUACAAUUGACGGGGGUAUUGAGCCAAAUGACGCAAGCACUAACAGCUAUGACAACAGUGCUCAAUAACCUUACAGAAAAAUUAAACCACUGAUCACAAUACAUUGUUCUUAAAUAGUUAGGAUUACAUAUUUUUAUAUGAAGUAUUUAUCAGAUCUUAUAUUAUUAAAUAAGUAUAUUUAAUUAAAUAGCUGAUUUAUUUAAACAUGUAUUUUUAUUCAUACCUAGAAAGAAGUAAAAUGUGCAAUGUACAAAGACAAAAGUUACAUAUUAAUUGUAAUAGACAAAUAGUUAUAUUUAUAAUAGAUAACGCAUUUGAAAGUUCAGCCAUUCUAUUUCAAUAAAAUAAUUGCAAAUUUCUUUAAAAAUAUUAAAAUUAACAGAACACAACCGAUUUUGCAUUGUGAGGUUUGCUUUCAGAUAUCACAAAUUUGUGAGGAAAUUGUGGGCAUUUAAGCUUUUGAAUUCACCUCAGCAUAAGGAAGACCUCACAAAAUUCCAAAACUUCUCAAUAUGUGGUAUAUACAACUGUUCAAUAGCCCUACUGUACAACUUUAAAAAUUGGGGGAAAAAAAUGAAAAAGUGUUGCAAACUAGAAAACGAUUCAGUUUUAUGAUUAUUCAAUUUUAUUUAAGUAUUAUGUAAUAAAUGUUUUUUUAUUAUUCCAGUUUAAUAAUUUAUUUGAAUUAGUGUCCAAUUGAUCCCACUCAUGGACUAUGACGGAAUUCCUCCGCGUUGAACAUUACCUUGAGGGAUCGCAUCGCCUCACUAGCACCGAUCAGGCUACUGGACUUCAUCGAUGCGCUGGGGCUAAGUGAGUCGAUGUGAGUUAGGAGAGGGCACAAUAGACCUAAGGUCGCGGUACAUUCCUCAUAUUCAAAUCUAAUCUAAACAUUACCUUGAAGCACAUUUUCAAUCCAAGUUUUAUAAUUGUUGAUAUAAGAAUAUUAAUUAUCGACGUUCAAUUGCUUGAGAUGUUGCUCCCGGCAAAACUCAUCAGGUCAGCCUUUUGGCGAGAUAACGGGCGUGGUACUCGAUUUAGUUUAGCCCGUAGGAAGGUAGAAGUGCCGCCCUGCUGUACUUCAGGGUCAAUUAGCUUAGCCCGUAUUAUGUUCACACUAGGUUUUAUAAUCCUCUAUAUGGUUUUACGCUGGCUAGGCUAGAAAGUGUGGACGUGUAUACGUUUACAAUUUUCGUUUGCAUCCACCAUUUUUAUUACCUCCGUAGAUCUUUGGAUUGUUCAAAUAAUUGGAUAACACACAUUGACUGCGUACAAGUUUUGACCCAAUGGCUUUCACUCUAGCUUUCGCUUGGGCUAGAAAUUUUUUCUUUCUCGAAUUCUGUUAACAGUUUUCACUUAGGCAUUUUAAAUAAAUUAUUAUUCACUUCUAAUUCAAAAAAUAUACAGAACACAAUCAGAGUAGCAUUGAAGUCUUAUAGUUUUGCAAUACCUAUUUUAUGCAUAUUAUUUCCAAGUUUCUAAAGUUGAACAGUUACGUUAUUAAAAUUGUUUGCAAAGUAUUAGAAUUGCCAGUAAACAAGUUUCAUAGAAUAAAAUUUCUUCCAAAUACCUACCUAUAAAACUUAACGAGCUAUGAUUUUUUUUGCAAUAGUAUUAUAUGUAUAUUACUGCGAUAACCAUGUGAAUUAGAUGGAUCCGCAAGAAAAAGAUCGCAAUGGAUUUUUUUCCAGGAAUAAAUUGAAAAUGAGGUGGCUGUCAUUAUGGUAACAGAUAUACUGCCCCA